CAUAGUUUUGGAAAGGAAUAGAAAACUCUUAUCUGUGAGAAAUGAGACUAUUCCCAGACAAAGAGAUGAAAACUGUGAAACAAACAUGAGAAUUGGAUACCGAUAGUUAAUUUCCAUGCAGAAAAAGGAUGGGCAAAAGGGGGAGAGAAGGCAAUUUAAAAUGAAACUUGGAAAGGAGAGCGUGUCAAGCACACAGCAUAUAAUAAAGAUUUGGAUAUAAUAUAUAUAUAUAUGUGAAAGUGGAAUGGUUUUUGAUAGUGCAGCCAAUUCUAAUACUGAACCCAACUCAACUUCUCUCAAUUUUUUGUUCAUAUCUUUUUGAGUUUUGCAUACCAACUUCCAACUGCCCUCUUAACUGAACUCCAAAUUAUUUUCCCUUUUGGGUCUUCCUUAGGUUGAGCCACAUGAGUUGGUACCCUCUAACCCUACCCUAAAAUAGGAUAUAUGAUGAUAAAAUGCAAACCUUUUAUACUCCUUACCCAUUUCCUACCCAAAAAAGGAAAUAAAAAUACCUACACUCCAAACAUAGGGACAAAAGGGAAACAAUAAAAGAAAAGUAAAAAAAGAAGAAGAAGAAGAUAAUCAUGAGAUUAAAAUACAAUUUACGUAAAUUCCAAAAUUAGAUUAGACCUGUAAUGACAUAUUUAUUGCAAAGAAGAAGUCCUACUCGGUUGUUCGGCGAAGAUCAUAUAAUAAUUUAUAAUUUAGAGUCAUGAUUAUUGACAAAAAAAUCACAUUUAGGGUUUAGGGUUGAGGAUGCAAUGUAAUGUAAAUUAUAUAUUAAGGAUGUAAUUUGAUUAAUUGAACAAUAUAUAAUAUUUAUUGGUAUCAUACGAGCCUACAUAAACAUGAAUAUUAAAAUAAUUGACUAGACAAGCCAACCUAAUUUCAAAAAGUUCCAUACUUCUAGUUUUUUUUUUUUUUUUUUUUUCCCUUACAGAAAACUUAAAGUACAAUAUCUUAAAAAUUAUUUUAAAACUACUCAAUUUAUUUUUAAAAACUUAAAGUAUAUAAUCUAUGAAGAUCCCCCUGUUUUUGGAGUGGAGUUGUUUGCUCUCCUGUGGGCAUGGCCACUAAACUUCACCAAAACAACAAUGCAUAGCUUAAUGCAUUGCGUAUUAAUAGCUCCUUUGUGCACACUGCCUAGCCAUGCACAUUGAGCUUCCCAAACAAAACCACUUCUCAAACCUUCAUAAUCUAAACAAUAACCCUUCAAAGAAAGAUGAAGGCAGUUAUGGGCGAGUCGAGUGAGUUGAAGAGUUCCAAACUCAAACCAGGGGUGAACCGUGGUUUGUCGAUAUUCGAUUUCAUCCUAAGGUUGGCUGCCAUCGUUGGAACAUUAGGAAGUGCAAUAGCUAUGGGAACGACUAACCAGACUCUUCCAUUUGCCACACAGUUUGUUCAGUUCAGAGCUGAGUUUAAUGAUCUGCCUAUGUUUACCUUUUUUGUAGUAGCCAGCGCCAUUGUAAGUGGCUACUUGGUUCUGUCUCUGCCUCUUUCCAUAUUCCACAUCCUGAAGAGCAAAGCACGUCGGACAAGGGUCGUGCUGGUAUUCUUAGACGCGGGAAUGAUGGCUCUUUUGACAUCUGGGGCUUCUGCAGCAGCAGCCAUUGUGUACUUAGCUCACAAAGGAAAUGGCAAGACAAAUUGGCAAGCCAUUUGCCAGCAAUUUAGCUCGUUCUGUGAGCGAAUCUCAGGCUCUUUGAUCGGAUCUUUUGUAGCAAUUGUUCUACUUAUGAUUAUGAUCUUCCUGUCUGGUGCAGCACUGUCUCGUCGCCGUUGAAAGUAAUUUAUCAUAUCACCAAAACCUUGCAAGUUUAUGAGAACUACAUCUGGGUCUUUUU